GUAAAUCACUGUCUUUCUCGAAGAAUCGACACAUUCACAUCGAAUCACGCCAGACGUUGAUCUUCCGCUCCAGAAGUCGGAUCUCACACGGACACUUUACUCGUAAACUCAAAAGGACUGGACUCCUUGUCUCACUACGCAUUCAACGUCUACCGAAAUCACCUCCCACCAACAUUUUUUGCUCGCAAACCUGGCUUGUCUGGUAGUAGUUUCAAGCAAAACUUACCUCAAAAAGUAAAUCGGUGUUAAAAAAGACGUAACUCAGAACAUAUAAAAUUCCAAAUUUUCAACCAUGUCGCUCUCACGCGCUUUCACAACUAGAAAGGCCAAGAUGGCUGGCCAGACCGAGAUGGGAGAGCAACAAGUUCAGGUGCCGCACCGUAGUAACUCGGCCCGCGAUAGACAGCAUCCUAUUCUUCGACACCAGAUUUCUGCACCUCUUCAGCUUGUUCACACAACCAACAUGCUCUCCUACAACGCCCCCGAUAUCCCGCAUGCUGCCCUCCGCAGCAAGUCGUCUCUGCGAUCUGUUGGCGAAGAAUCCGAGGCUCCUUCAACUACCGAGUCAACUCCACCUACGAGCCCGGAUGUAUCUCCUAUCGAAGAGUGCCCAGGUCCUAAGCCGAACCACCUGUCAACCUAUUUCAGUGUCUCGGUCAAGCCAACUGUCCUGCCAAAGAUUUCUGAAGCUCCUGCGAUUCCUAAGCGUUCGCCUUCGCACACUAAGCAGAACUCCUACGAAGCACUCGCCCGUCAACGAUCCACCUCGCAGAUGUCCAGGGAUUCAGAGCACUCAGUAUCAACCAAGGCCAGCUUCACCUUUUCACGAUCAUCGUCAACUUCUACGAGGGCAUCAUCAGCUUCAUAUGUGUCUGCCGGCCAGGCCCAAAAGGCUCCCCCUGUGCCUGUUCCAGCAAUCCCCGCGGUUGCCCCAGUUCCCCCGCCAUCCUUCCAGCAGCGAGCCCUCAAGGAUUCACACCCAUUUGGUCACGAACUUGCACAAGUCACCGAGCUCGCCGAAGAGUACAGCACCAAGCCGGCAACCAAGGAGGAUGAAGAGGACCACCGAUACAUAAAGUCCAGAGGUCUGAACAAGUUCUCCCCCGAGGAGUACCUCAGCGACGUUCAGAGCCUAAUCCUCAGCUUCUUUCCUGAGGUGUCACACGCCAAGCCUACGACACCACAGUGGAUUUGAUCUAAAUGCGCACUCUACGCCGGCACUCCGGUUUCUUAAUUCGGCAGUACAUAUUUAAUAGACAUCUUACGACCAUGAGAAGGGGGUCCUCAGUUGGACAAUGGCGGAUAUGACUAAAAAGAUUUUUCUCUUGAUCACGUCUGUUUUGGUUUGGUUUGGGUUACUUUGAAUGAAAGGACCGUGUCCGAUGUUCAGAUGCUCAAAGUGUUUGACCGGACAUAGGUUUCAAUGGGGCGUUUGAUAGGACCAGGGUGGAAUAAGGACUGGAUGGAUGGAUGUAUGGGAUGGAUACCUUUUUCUUAUGCUGGAUGAUUCUGUU